GGAGAGGCGGGGAGGUUGCCGGACAGCGGGCGGGGCUGGAGAGGAAGGGGAGGCAGCGACGAUGCGGAGCUGCGGCUGAGCCCCUCCUGACCAAGAAGGAGAGCAUCAGCUCGGCUGGACGGAGGGAAGCGGGAAGAUGCUGCCGGGCUCGUACGGCACCUGCUGAGUUCUCAUCCAGCAAAGUUUCCACAGCUCUGGAGGAAGAGAAGGAAGGCGGUCAUGGGAGAACCUGCCGUCCUCAUCCCGGCCUCGCCGGGACCCGCUUUGGCUUGGGCGCUGCUAUCUGAAGGCUGAAUGGGACCUCCGGGGCGCCUCCAGACUCUUCCCCAGAUGAGGAGGAGCUGCAUCCUUCAGUGUGCCCAUCCUUGUCAGCUCCAGGUGAUGUUUCAUUGAGCAGGAACUUCACUGAAAGUUCACUGCUGCAUUUCCAUUCAGCUCUAAACGAAAGCCUGAGCAGAGGCAAUGAGAUAUGGCACUGGAGACAGCAGCAGAGAGCUCUGCCUCAGCUGGAGGUAUGGGAAAAUGUGAUUCCCUGGGAAACGUGCUGGAAAUGGCUGGCUGAUCCCACUGGCAUGUUGGUGGUGAUUUCAAAGGAGCAGAAGACCAGAAAUAUCCUUCUCAGCAUUGUAUAUACCCUGUAAGGACUGAAGUGACCUCCAAGACUCACCGCAACAUGUUCAGUGAAAAGAGCAGCGCCUCUUUGACCCAGAAACCCAGCCAGAAAAAGACACGACCUCAGGGCCUCCCCUCCCCUGCCCUCUGCUGUGCGUGUGGACUUUGCAUCAUGCUGGCAGGGAUCAACAUCACCCUAGUGGGAGCAUUUGCAUUUGGGACCUUCCUCCCCAUGAACAACCCUCCCAUCAUCAUUGGACCCAUCUUGCUGGUCGUGGCCUUCACGUUCUUUGGUGCCUGCUGCAUCUGCAGCCGGAGGCCGCCUGCUCACGGGGCCAGAAAAUCCAAACCGGGUUCCAACAUUGGUCUCAUCAAACCUGGCAACACUGCCUUUGAAAUUGAAACUAGCGAGCACACGGUGCAGGAUACCACUGCUGUUCAGCUGAGCCCCACAAAUUCCCCCAUCUCCUCAAAAAAGUCCACACCAGUCCAUGAGAACGCGAAGACUUGCAAACUCUUCACCAUGGAAGGCAAUGGGCCAGUGGCCAAGUACACACCAGGAGGAGAGGCAAUACAGCUCAACCUGCCCAGGGACCUGGCCACAUCCUAAACCCAGGCAGAAUUUUGUUAGCAGCCAGACAGAUGCUGUGAUGGGUGGGCUGGAAUCUGAGGUCUACCACUGGUCAGAGGUUUGGGGGGAAAGUGCUUGUGACAAGCCAGCAGGCAGACAGGCUUCUCUGAAUCAAUUGAAGGAAGAGGGAUGAAACAGCAUGACAAUUCCAGAUUUUUUGCUGAUAGGAACAUGCCCCCUAGUUGGCUUUGUGAAGAAAACUGCUAAUGAUGUCACUGUGAAAGGGUGAACUGGACAGUUCCUGGGAAAGACUGGCUUUUGGGAGAAGAGAUUGGAAGACAAGGAUGAAAUAAUUCCUCUAGCAGGAGGCAGCAAUGUGAUGGCUACACGGGGCUGACAAAUGACAGCUCUUUCUCUUCAAAAGUGAAGCAAUUCUUGGAUAUAAUAGAAGCAGGAAUGCAGUAAAUUACAUCUUGCUGCCACUCGGUCACAAGAAGAUUUCAGCAUUUUAGGGCCAGGCUUUGUGGCAGUAGGGACAUAAUGUAUGUGUUUACUAUUGAAAAAGCAGUGUGAAGCAGUCUCCCUUCCUUUGGAAAUCCUUGCCCCAUUUUUCCUUCGUUUGGGUGACUUUACCAUCUGUUAUAAGAGACAAUCAUAGGGAUCACUGCUAGAAUUGGCAUUUUCCUUGUUUUGAUCAUGCUGGAUUGCAGUGAUGCUGCUCAAUGCAGGGUGUAUCUUAGAAGGUCAGCAUUGCUGAAUCCUUGGUAACAAACUCCUGGGGUAAACGGAGAUUGGGAGGGCCCUGCAAAUGAAAUCUUUGGGCAAUGCUUGUGCCCUGAGUGCUGGGGGAGGCAUCUUCCUUCCCAUCAUUUUAUGGAAGUUGGGCCUGAUGGGACACAUCAGCUUGGAGCAGGGGACAAAUUGCUGAAUGGGUUUUAGUAGAGCUGUGCAGGAAGAUGCUGAUGGUAUCUUCUUUCCUGAGGAGGCUGCCAGAUCUACUGCAUGCAGUGAGCAACCAGGUAUGGAACUCCUUGCUGCAGGAAACUGGCUGCUGAAGGUGCUCCUGGGCUUGCAGGUCAAUGGGAUGAGUUUGCAGAAGAGAAUUCUUGAAGAGCCACUCAACACAAAGGUACCUUCAGCUCAGAAAGACUCUGAGCUGUGCACAGGGUGCUGAUUAUUGCUGUUGUAUUCUUCCCUGGUAAGAAGUGCUGUGCUAAUGGACCUCAUUUUUUCAUAAAAAUUCAUGUAUUUGAUGAGAUGUGGGACCAGUGAGGAAGGAGACCUCUGGGAGGCAGCAGCAGGAGGAUGGAUUUUUGAGUGUAUCUUGUCUAAAGUGCUCCCCAGCCUCCAACACAUAAUUGCUUAGAGCUUCUUGAGCUGGAAGUGAUGCCUUGUAUUAAGCAGCUCUGAACGGAUUCCUUCUGUCAAACUGUAUCAUCCACAUUCCUGCAGCAUGGAGUUGCACAACUUAAUGAGAGGCUGUGCAGAUCCCUGUUCUUGUUUUAUUUUCAGCAUGCACCCUACAUCUCCCCCUUGAAUCCCCAAGCUUCUGGAUUAGAAGGGCCAGCAAACAGCUUAUGCCUCCCCAAUGCACUGAGAUUUUUCUGGAGUCUUUAUCUCAUUUCUUUCAGGCAUCUGUUUCCUAUGGUACUUCACAUCACUUGCUGUUAGAGGGAGGCAAUGCUUCUCAGCUUGACCAGCAACUCAUUCAGCCCAGAAUCAGUGCUUUGCUAGACUGAGCCUGAGGCCAGCACAUAGGUAUAUGAGGGGCUGAAGGGAAGAUGCUAGAGGAGAAGGGAAGGCUGUGAUGUGCCCAAGGUUCUCCUGGGCCACCAACAGAGCUGCAAAGCAGACAGCAAGGGCCGUAUGUGUUGGGAUGUGUCGGACUGUUGUGUUGGGAUAAGUGAUGGCAAAUGGGGAUCACAGAGAAGCUGUGGUGAAUUCCAAGCAUGGGGUCCUGGUUGCUCUGGGGAGCCAUCAUGGAGCUGAUGGCUGAAUUUCAUUCUUCUACAAGAGGGAAGUGAGAACUCUGGCUUGAAUGCUCCAACAGUUUGCUGCCACUGUCAGUUUCUUCUACAUCAUGGAAUUACACUCGUGAUUUUUAGCCUGCUGGCUAGGGGGAGCAGAAGCAGAAGGAUUCAUGCCUGGGAAGAUGUAGGCUCAAAUCUAUGCUUUAGCCUCCAGGUCCUGGGCAAAUCAUUUAAUUGCUGUGCGCCCAGCUGCCUGCCUGUGCAGGAGGGAAAACAGCUGCUCCCAGCUCUCUAGAGCUGCUAUACUGAUGAGCAACAUUGGGAAGCAGGAGGGUUGGUAUCAGCACACCUGAAUCUGCAGACUGCUUGAAGGUGGGGGGGUCUGCCUGAUCUGAUUUCUGCAUGAUUUCCUUCAGAGCUUGUCUUCACAGGUGAUCUCUGUUUCCAGCACUGACUUCUGUUUGGCUUGUGGGAACUGUAGCACUGAACUAAAGGCUUCAGUGGUUUUCACCUGCUGGUGAUUGCUAUAGGAAAUAAGCAGAAUAACUUGUUGGUCCAGGUUUGGCUCCUAGGUUGCUGGCUCACUAGCAUUUUGGAAUAGCAUACAAAGCUCUGAAGGUCCUUCAGAAGCAUUGCCCACAUGAAUACAGUUACUGCAGUGCUUUUUCUUUGGGCACAUGAAGGCAAAAAGUAGUAAAAUCAAGUGGUAACCAUGCAAAUUCCUCUUCUACUCAUUGGAGGCUUGAAAACUGAGUCUGGAGUAUGUGUACUGCUCCUUAUUGUGGUUGCACCAUGAAAUGCUAUCAGUGAUGGAUAAAACAAUGGCAGAUCCCACACAGGAACACCUGCUGCUUUCCAAAGCAUGGAAGCUCUGCUUUUUCCUUUUGAUAUCUUUUUGGGAUUUCCAUGUCUGUUUGUAGCUGUGAUUGCCUGUACUGAUGUCAUUGUGAAUUUGUGCCUCCUUCUUGUGUAGCAGGAGACAGGGAGGCUUUCUUGUGCUCCAAGUCACAGUUUCUAUUGUGAGAGUUUUUUAAAAAGGAGAAUACUAUUUAUAUAUGUGCAAUGUGGAUUUUGGAAAAGACAGACUCAUUAAAGUAAUUGCGCUCAUUAA